UUCUGCAAAUCCAACUUUGUUGUUUUCAUUUGACUCGACGAUGGCGUUUAUUCCGUUUCAGAUUUACAUUUUACAUUUUAGUCAUUUAGCAGACGCUCUUAUCCAGAGCGACUUACAGUUAGUGAGUGCAUACAUUUUUCAUACAGAUGAAUCCUUUAGCCAAGUAAACAGAUACACACACUGUUAGUGAAAAAUGUAGCUAUCAAUUCCAUGGACAACAGGGUAAACUCAAACACUGGCUUCAAACCAAGAAUCUAAGACGAAUCCAAGUUCCUGUUGAUAUAGUGAGUCAGAAGAUGGAGGAGUUGUACACCCUUGAGAGGGAAGUGGGACGAGGCAGCUACGGGGUGGUUUUCCAGGGCCACAUGGCCAGAACAGGCCAGCGGGUUGCCAUAAAACACCUGCCCUGCAGUAGCCCAGAGUGCAUCGAGCUUUACCUCCAGGAGCUGUGGGCCAUGAGAGCUACGGCCAAGAACCACCCCAACGUCAUCGCCCUCCAUGGCUGCCUGCUGCAGACCGGACCCAAGACCCUGCAGCCCCUCAGGCCAGGCAGGCUGCCUCUGGACCUGGUGGAGAGCGCCCUGAAGGGGAGCGUGGUGGGGGUAGAGCACAACCAGGAGGAGAAAAGGACAAAUUCACACUCAUCUCAGUCUAAAACUAAGAACAGAACUAACUCAGGUGGUCUCUUCAGGUACAGAACCAAGGACAGAUUGAGGACUAACUCAGAGUCCGACAUCUUCAGGUCCAAAUCCCAGGAGAGCACUAACUCAGACUUGUCCAGGUCUAAAAGCAAGAAAAGAACUAACUCUGACUUGUCCGUGUCCAAAACGCCUGUGAGGACAAAUUCUGGCCUCUCCAAGCCCAGAAAGAGACCAGUCCCCAGAAGAGAGAAGGAGAACCGUGGUCCCAGGCGCUGCUUGGCCCUGUGGCUGGUGAUGGAGUACUGUGAUGGGGGAGACCUGAACCACUACCUGCUGUCCAGACCUCCAGACAGCCAGCGGAACCACAGCGUGGUCCAACAGCUCAGCUCAGCCAUGGCCUUCCUCCACCGCCUCCGCAUCGUACACAGAGACCUGAAGCCAGACAACGUGUUGGUCUCUCUCACCCCUGACGGGCCUCUCGUCAAGGUGGCUGACUUUGGCCUGAGCAAGAUGAGUGUUGAUGGGGACCUGGGGAUGGAAGGAGACACUAGUCUGACCAGACAGCACUUCUCCUCUACGUGUGGCUCUGACUUCUACAUGGCUCCAGAGGUGUGGGGCGGCCUCAGCUACACGGCCCAGGCAGACAUCUUCUCCCUAGGGGUGAUGUUCUGGGCCAUCCUGGAGAGACUCACCUUCCUGGAGGAGGGCUCCACACAGGAACAACUGGGUGCGUACGUGUGUAAGGCCCGCUGGCUGAUGCCCCUGGGCGAGGCGUUGUGUGAGAACCCGGACCUCCAGGUGUGUAUCCCCAUGAAGUCCCGCCGCGCCCCACCUCUACCGCCCCCUCCUGGCCAGGCUGUCUGCACCCUGCUACUGGACAUGCUGGCCUCCGACCCUGACGCCCGGCCCACCGCCGCCCAGCUGGAAGACGGGGUCCGCUCUGCCAUGGAGGAGGACUCGCGGGUAGCAUCCCAGAUGGCACCCUAGUCCCCUUCAUAGCACACUACUUUUGACCAGGGCCCCCAUAGGAUCUUUGUCAAAAGUAGUGAGCCAUAUAGGGAUAUGGACCCUGGUCAAAAUAAGUGAAAUAGAUGGGGAAUAGGGUGCCAUUUGGGAUGCAGAGAUGGUGACAGGGCAUCUAUAUCCAAAGCUACUCAUAUUCAGUCUCAUCUACUAGCUGUAGGAGGGACCACGAGGGAGUUGAACCCACAACCUUGGGUUGGUGUUGCCACGCUAACUAACUGAUGCUCUUUUUGUCUUUUCAGUAUAUUCAGUCUUAUGUGGUCCUUUUUAUGGGAAUUGAACCCACAACCUUGGUGACCAAUGCUCUAGUCAUCUCAAAACACAAAAGCAACACCAUGCAUGCGUGCACCAAGUCGUCAGCCACCGACGCACUGUGCUAGUCUACUGACUGAGGGGGGGGGGGGCUACUGCUGUUUCGGCUUACCACUGACAACAUAACUAAUGUAUAAAUAAUAAAUAAAUUGGUCAUUUAGCAGACGCUCUUAUCCAGAGCGACUUACAGGAGCAAUUAGGGUUAAGU